GACGAUGAGGCCCCACGUUUUUAUCCUACAACCUAUGAUAAAAAUAUUACGCACCUCUAAUUUUGUGCAUUAUCCGACGAUGCUAUUUUUCGAAACUGAAUGGGGUCGUUUCCGAGUGGGUUGCUGAUCAACACGGUGACGCACACUCACGGUGCUCAGUUUCCCCUCACACUCGACAAACCAACGCAUUCAUCUGCAAAAAUCAAACCAAAAAUUUCACCUUUGACAAGUUCCUCUGGUCUCCGGCGUCCGCCAACUCCGAGAGCCACUUACACAUGGCGAUCACACACAACCCAGUUACACAUCCUCAUCCUCAAAUGAGAAAAUCUAAUCUGUGUUCAGCCAUCCAACUCUGGAAUGUUCGACACCACGCAAUGGUUCUUCCAAGUUCUUCGACCAGGAAAGACUUCCCAAGUGGCCGGCCCCCUCUCCUUCGUCCACCUCCUGGUUCCGCAUCAUGCAGCAAGGAAAAAAGCAGCAGUGAACGUCCAGAUAUGGUGGAGCUCGAUCUGGAGGCUGCAGUGCAAGUCCCGAAGAAAGAGAACGCAUGCAUGGAGCCGUGUUGCACGCAAGACUUUCGACGGUGGCCGGAAUCGGUCUCCAGACCUGCUGACUCUGAAAUGUGCAAAUGAUUGACGUAGACUUUACUAACGCUAAGCGAUAUUCUUUAUUUACUUGACGAUAUCAUUGGUAGAUCAUUGAGUGAGGAGGUUUUCGAAAAUAUUGUUUCAAAAACAUCUUAUCUAUAAAAUUGUUUCAGUCUUGGGCAACAUGUAAAAA